AUGGGGUUAUACCAGAAAUGGAUGAGCUUACCAGCAAAAGCUCGUUACUAUGUUGGAUUUUCUACGAUCAUCAUGGCAUUAAUUGGUGAUUACGUUACAACUCGAAUUAAUGAUGAAGUCAAAGCUCGUGAUUCGAUCAUUGCUCAAAUGGAAUACGAAGCUCAACAAAAGAAGAACUGA